AUGUCUUCGCAACAGAGAGAAACUGUGGUUUCAGUGCCGCUCACACCGACACGGUCGGAUUUGUACUGGAGACGAAUUUUCAACAAAUAUGACAGAGACAACGACGGUCGGAUAUCCUACAUAGAAUUGAAAAACAUCAUCGAGUCCCGGGAAUACGACCAUGAUCUGCCGGACAACCUGGUGGAGAAGAUCAUGGAGCUAGGGGACCGCGACAAUUCCGGCUACCUGGACUUUGCAGAGUUCGUGGAGAUGAUGCACCACCCCGACCUAAAAGCGGUGUUCGGACAUUUUGUGGCGAGAUACGUCCACUCGAUCAUACCACACAGGGACCCUGUGGAUACUACCGGACCGUGGACAGGAUUUCAAGCGGUGUCAACCUCCGAUCGUGACGGUAUAUACGAAGAGGAGUAUAGCUGUUGGCCGCCGGCGAUCUGCAUGAUCCUGAUCUCAUUGAUUGAGAUAGUGCUGUUCUGCUACGAUGCCUCCCAGGGGAAGAUGGACGCGACGGGCCCCGUCGCACAGAUCUUCAUCUACAAUCCACAUAAGCGGCAGGAGGCGUGGCGGUUCCUCACGUAUAUGCUGGUGCAUGUCGGCGUGGUGCACUUGGUGGUGAACCUGCUGGUUCAGCUGUUCCUGGGGGUGCCGCUAGAGAUGGUGCACCGGUGGUGGCGCGUGGCGCUGGUGUACGUGGCGGGCGUGGCGGCCGGCUCAUUGGCCACCAGCCUCACCGAUCCCAAAGUCUACUUGGCUGGUGCCUCUGGUGGCGUUUACGCGCUCAUCGCCGCGCAUAUCGCCACGAUUAUUAUGAAUUGGGCGGAGAUGGAGUUCGCGAUAGUUCAACUGCUAGUUUUUCUACUGCUGACGAUCGUGGACAUUGGUACGGCCGUGUAUGACCGCUACUGGAGACACUUGCAGCAGAACAUCGGAUACGUGGCGCACCUGGCUGGCGCUGUGGCUGGUCUAUUAGUUGGUAUAGGAGUACUCCGUAACUUAGAGAAGAGAAAGUGGGAGAAGAGACUGUGGUGGGCGGCGGUUGUUAUCUACUUCUCGCUCAUGUUGGCGGGAGUGCUGGCUAAUAUCUUUUGGUACUCGCAUUUCCAGCAGUGA